CGACCCAGCCUUGCUGUUCUGAGCAUGCGCACCGGUGCAGAGCCUUGGAUUUGGGACGAGGCAGCGGAGGCGAUAGUGGCUUUAGAAGCUGGUGGCGCGGUGGGUAGAGAGUGUGUCGUUCAUAUCUGGAUAAGGAUAUUACGUGUGUGUGCAUGCUACGGAAGCCUUGCCUGGUCUUUUUCCGGUAUUCAAGGCCUGCAUGAUCGAGACGCCUUCGCGGAUUCCCUCCCCACCCAGUCCCACUGGGAAAUGCUGAUGAGUUGGUGAGAGAAAGAAGGUUGAGAGCCCAGCGCAAGCACUCUGCAGUAUCUCUCCUCUCAGGACGCUCUCCGCCGACGGAUACAGGGCACUUCCCUGCGCCAGAAGCUCGCUCGCCACUGCGUUUGCCUUUGAGAGCUUGACAUGUGGGUUGUCUGUUGGGGCUCCUGAGAAGGGAGGAUGGGCACCCAGGGCAGCCCGGUGAAGAGCUACGACUAUCUGCUGAAAUUCCUGCUGGUGGGAGAUAGCGAUGUAGGCAAGGGAGAAAUCUUGGAGAGUCUGCAGGACGGAGCAUCUGAGUCGCCCUAUUCCUAUAGUAACGGUAUUGACUACAAAACGACUACCAUUCUGCUAGAUGGCCGGCGGGUCAAACUGGAGCUAUGGGACACCUCGGGUCAAGGUCGAUUUUGCACCAUCUUCCGAUCCUAUUCCAGAGGGGCCCAGGGAAUUCUCCUGGUGUAUGACAUCACUAACCGGUGGUCCUUCGAUGGGAUCGAUCGCUGGAUCAAAGAGAUAGACGAGCACGCACCGGGGGUCCCUCGGAUACUCGUCGGAAACAGACUCCACUUGGCGUUCAAGAGGCAGGUGCCCACCGAGCAAGCGCGUAGCUACGCCGAGAAGAACGGCAUGACUUUCUUUGAAGUCAGUCCCCUCUGCAACUUUAACGUAACGGAGUCCUUCACGGAGCUGUCCCGCAUUGUGCUGAUGAGGCAUGGCAUGGAGAAGAUCUGGAGACCAAACAAAGUGUUCAGCCUGCAGGACCUGUGUUGCCGUGCCAUUGUCUCCUGCACCCCAGUGCACCUCAUUGACAAGCUCCCCUUGCCCGUGGCCAUCAAGAGUCACCUCAAGUCCUUUUCCAUGGCCAAUGGAAUGAAUGCCGUGAUGAUGCACGGACGGUCCUAUUCUGUGGCUGGCAGCAGCGGAGGAGCCACGGGAAGCGGAGGAGGAAGCAAGGGCAAUAGCCUUAAACGUUCAAAAUCCAUCCGGCCGCCUCAGAGCCCCCCUCAGAACUGCACAAGAAGCAACUGCAAAAUAUCUUAGCAUGGGAGUCUGGGAUAGUGGGGCUCCUGCUAGUGAUCACCCCACUGCUGCAACCGUUUAGUGGCCACCAAGUGAUGGAGCCUUGCAUGGAUGUAGAUCCUUACUCUGUUGAGUAGGAGUCCAAGAGUAAGAGCUAAGGAUCACCACCACUCCUUCUCACUGAUUGGCUUCCAAGCACCUCCACUUGCAUGAUGGACCUUCUUACCCAGGAACUGACCAAUGCUGCACAGAGGCACGUGCUUCAGUAACUUCUCACUUUUAUUCCCUUUUUUUUUUUUUUUAAUUUAUAAAUUGGUAUAUAAUAACCAACGCCUCACUUUUUAUAUAUUUAAUGCCUGGCAAUAUACUUAUGUAUCAUGCUGUACCUAUCUCAUGUGCACCCGUUCUUAAGGGCAGGGCAAGAAAAGGCGGUGUGCCAUCACUGUAAGUGCAAUCAAGGAGGGGAAUCUGCUUUCUUCCGAAACCUUUGGCUAUAGCAGCUGUUGCAGAACUAUAACUCCCACCAGCUUCUCUGGGAGUCUGCACUAUAGGCCGUGCCAAAGGUUGUUACUUACUCUUAUACAUUCUGUAGGUGCAGCUGUAAUGAUAUGAUUCAGGUGUCGCCAUCUUUAGGGGUGCAAGCUGGUGCCGCUUCAGUGGAGUGCCCAGGACUUUCAUCCAGUUGGAAAUCAUUUUCUUUCUGAUAAGGGGCUGCAGUAGUGGGAAUGUGUGUAGCGGGGCAAGAUGGCAUCUGUUUUGCUUUAUAGGAGACCAAUCCAAUCAUCACAUACCAGGGCAGCUGCAGUUAGAUCAUUAUUAACUGGGCCCCAUUUAAAGCUGUUGAAUGCAGCCCAACGUUGCUUUCCAUUCCUAUAAACCUCCAUUAUGGGGGUGCUUGUGCAGGUUUGUUAAAGUUGCAGAGCCUUUAGCACCUAUACAUUUUAUUUGCUACCUCACUGCAAAACUGGCAGAUUAGCUUUUUUUUUUUUUUUUAUGACCUAUAAAUUCCAUGCGUACGGCUAAAACGAGGUUCCGCUGCCUCCCGGUUGCAUUGACUGAAUUAAGAGGGGCUGUGAGGGAACGAGAACAACUUGCCUGUCUGUGACGCUGGUUGCUGACAAAUAUCUCCCCGUGGGGACCAUCACUACGUCAUGGCAACUGCAGAGAAAUCGGGCGGCGUUCUCUAUUCCUUCCCGGUCCAUUUUCCUAUUAUUCACGAGUGACUAAUUCCUGCUUUCCUGGCGGGGGGAGAAUGAAACCCAAAGCUUCACAUUCUAUUUACUAUUCUUACACUCUCUCCAAUGAAGAUCCCUUCAUUUCCUCCAAACCCCUUAUAUAUAUGUUACAUGGAGAAUGUCCAAUCUCUCAAGGUUAGACUGAGUCCUAGCAGCCCAAUGGCUGAUUCUGUUGGGUGUCAUAUUAAUAUACAGGUAUCCCAACCCUGCACCUUCUGCUCAUACAGCUGCCACGGAGCUGAGCCUUAGUCCUGCAUUUAUCUACCCUAUACAAUAUCCCACGUAUAUUAGGUAUGGCUCUUUGGGGUGUUGGCUACACAAAGAUGAGUUAAGCAGGGAAGCCUUAUGAUUAAACGGUUAGCCGAACCAACUGUCCAAUGAAGUGGACACAGCAGCAAAUGAUACGCGUUUUCACUAAUGAUGAUGUUGUGCAUCGAGGGCUGCAUUCAGUUCUCCAGAACCCUCCUAGCGUCUAGAAUUGCAUUCCCAUAAUAAUGAGAUGUAGUUAAUAUUCUGUGUGUAUAGCGCAUUCCCUGCAUGAAAACAGGGACCUGCCAAACUGCUUGCUAUUUGUCUAUGGAAAUGAACCCCAGUGAACGCAAGCAGUAUAGUAGCUCCUAUUUUAUGCACAGCUGUACAACAAAUAUUGCAGAACAAAUGUAACACACACCCCAUGUCUACCCUAAUGGUAUAAUCUUCCUAUACAUACCCUAGAUAUUUGGAUAUGCCGUUAUGAUGUAUUUAUGGCGCUGACAACAUACAGCCUUAGAUCAAACCCACGCUGAACCCCUAAGCCCGUUCCCAGAGCUGUGACCAUUCAUAGGCUUAAAGGAUGCUGGGAGUUGUUCUCAUGAGCUGGAAGGUUGCAGGUGGUAUUAAGGGAGGUGCUUAAGAUCUAGAGUGGUCCGGCCUGUGGCUGUAUAACUGUGAUUCUAGUUGAAUUAUGCAGAGGGAUUGCUGCUCUCCGUAUACUGUCUCCGUAUACUACUAGUUUUAUUCCAACAGCUUUCUCCUGGUUUUAAACACUAAUAACUUUCUCACAUCUGAGCAUCGUGAUACAUACAACCAACACCACCCCAACCCUUUUAAGCCACGUGAGAUCCAGUGGCGUCAUACAUUUAUAAAGGUUUCCAUAUAAUGUGCCCAAUGGUAUCCCUCUCUCUGCUAAGUUCAGCCUCUUCUGCUGCACAUUGACUGGCAGAGGAUACAAGGCAACUGUUUGCGGAAGGGACUCGUGACCAACCAUUACUGUGCCCCCCCCUAGAGGACAGAAGGGGAGCAGGGACGUUUAACCCCCCUUUGUAAAGUUUUGAUACAAAUGUAUAAUGCUGCUCUGAUCUGUUAAGCGUUCCUGUCCUGGCCUCUAGGUGGCAGCGGGCUGGUUUUACCAACUGUGAAAUCCGGAUGCUUUUUUCUUUGUUUGUUUGUCAGUCUUCUGUUUUGUUUUUUCUAAAUAAAUUAAAAUGUUUGGUCUUUUAA